GCUAAGAUUAUUGCGGACGAGCAAGGUAUUAACCUCGUGGGAGCAUCAUGUGAAUUUUACGAACCCGAAAUUAUUGCAGAAUAUUUACAUAAUCGGCAAAAUCCAAAGCGUGACUUGAAUGACGACGACGAACAUAUUGAAAGAGAUCGAUUUUUAAAGAAAGGACGAAAUGCGGACGGAUCAACUCCUCCGAACAAGAUCAGAACUAUCAACGAGAGGACUUCUCAACGAAAAAGAUAUGAUAGUGAUUCACCACCCUGCGACGAAGACCAUUUUUCAUCAGACUCAGACUCCGAGAUUGUACCUGUUUCUCUUACAAACGAAACGGAAGUCAGGAGUCGGAAAACCAAAAGACCAUAUAUCACUCGUGAUAUAGCGGCGGAAGUUCUCAAGAAAUAUCAAAUGUGUGUUUUGGCGGGCAAGAAGUUAACAUACAAUGAUGUAGACGUGUUGGAUUUUGUUCGCUCAAACAUGAACAAAGACAUGAAAAAAGCCCUCUAUCUUCAAGACCAAGACUCUGGGAUCAAGGCUGUCUGUUUUGCUACUGAACAAAGUAUCGAUAAGUUUGUGGUGGAUCGUGAGGAAGAGAACGACAUUCUACUACAGUCCAUGUCUGAAAGCGAGCUUAAUGCGUAUGUUUGGACUCUGUUACUUAGGAAUGCCUUUCUCGGAAAGGAUUAUAUGAAACUAAGUUGUGGGGAGCUAUCUUCUAAGUCAUACGAAAAACUCAAAGAAAUCCUAAACAUUGCUGGUCGUAGUGCUCCAAAGUUAGACGGUAAAGGAUUCCUUAAAUAUUUAGGCACCGAAAUCCUUGCACAAGAAGACGGCGUCCUAAACACCCACAGCAAAAGGACAGGAGAUCUCCGGAAAUUAGAGUAUUGCUCCAAAGUGAUCCUCACAACCUAG